AUGGCUCCUGAAAAGAGGAAUCACUUCCUUGAUGCAGAAGAGAGCGAUGAUGAUGCCCAAGACUACAACUCCGAAGAUGAACUGCAGAAAGGUGGUCGGACUGCGAAGCGUCGGAAGCUGGAGGACGAGGGCGAUUCCGAGGACGAGGAUGCAAGCGAGAAUGGAGAGGUUUCGGCUGGUCAAGAAGAUGGGGAUUCUGAGAGUGAGGAAAAAGAAGUUUCCAAGUCACUGAAGAAGUCAAAGAAAACCAAGAAUGCAGACAGCGAUGCCGAGCCUGAGGGGGAAAAGGACAACACAAAGUCCGCCGCACUGGUCAAAAGCCUGACCAAGAAGAAUCUCGUGGCCACGGACGCUGCCAUCAAGAAGUCCGGCGUCGUUUACCUCUCACGUAUCCCGCCGUUUAUGAAACCCGCCAAGCUACGAUCCCUCCUCGAACCAUAUGGCAAGAUCAACCGCGUCUUCCUCACCCCGCAGGAUCCCGCCGCACACGCGCGCCGCGUCCGCGCGGGCGGCAACAAGAAGAAGAUGUACACCGAAGGCUGGGUUGAGUUCGUACGCAAGAAGGACGCUAAGAGUGUCUGCGAGCUGCUGAACGCGCAGACCAUCGGCGGCAAAAAGGGGACUUACUACCGCGACGAUAUCUGGACGCUGUUGUACCUCAAGGGUUUCAAGUGGCACAAUCUGACGGAACAAAUUGCGGCAGAGAAUGCAGAAAGGAGCAACAGGAUGAUGGCUGAAGUGAACCGAACGACAAAGGAGAAUAUGGAGUUCGUGAGGAACGUGGAAAAGGCCAAGAUGCUAGAUGGAAUACAGGCCAAGAAAGCACAGAAGAAGAAUCUGGAUCAGGAGCAUGGAGUACAGCCAAAUCCCAAGGUCGAAAGAAAGCCGGGCGAGAAAGCGAGGACAUUCAAGCAGGUACCUCUGGCAAAGAAGGGAGAGGAGCCUGCUCGUCCAAAUGAGCUCAAGAGCGUGGCAAGCAGGAUCUUUUGA